AUGUUCCAUGACCCGGAUGUUAAUCGUGGUUCCCAGGCCCUCGUUGAUGCUCAUUCUCGUAACUGGCCUACUAAACGAAUCCUUAUGCAGGUAAGAAAACUGUCAGGUAAAUAAAGGUCGCCACUUUAGAAAUGAGAAGAAAGCUGAUCCUAGGGGUCUUCGCGAAAAUUAACUCCGCCUAGUUUACUCCUCGUUUCUAAACUGGUGAAUGUCUUUUUAGAUUAUACAGUCGAACUGUUAUUUCGCGGCCACCCUUACUUAGGGAUGGGAAAACUGUUAGUUCUGUUCAAAGUCAAUCCACUGCUUUUCUUACAAAUAACUUCCUACUACUCUCACGUUUCAAAAUGGCGCGUGACAGGGCGUGGUACCCAAGGUGUGAACAGAAAACCAUUCUGUGCUAUUACCCAGGCACUGGUACUCGGGCACCAAGUGAGACAUUGUCAUAGUGUGAGCCUAUACCUGUAUGGAUUAAUGAAAAUGAAAUUUAUUUGUUGAUUUUCAGCGUCACACAUUACGAGCUGUGCCAGUAUCUGAAGUGACUGAAGUAUGA